GGGGCUUCUGGCCCCCACAUCAAUGUUUAACCGGAUAUGCAGGUCAAUAUUUACCAGAAGAGAAAGCAGUGUGCACCAGGGCUGGCUAGGAGCAAAGGUCCUGGUGGGAGGGCAGGGGAGGCUGGGCUGGCGGUAGCCCGCGGGCAGAGCGUGGGGAGCACCAAAGUGGGGCCAGUGGAACAUCGUGUGCGACAGCGAGGAGCCCGCAGAGGAACAUGGUGCUGCUCCGGGGGCUCCUGGUGCUCAGCUUGUCCUGCCUGCAAGGCCCCUGCGCGGUGCUCCCUCCCGUGAGCGCCAUGGAGCCGGUGGGCCGGCAGCUAACUAGUGGUCCGAGCCAGGAAAAGCUGCCUCCGCUCGCCCUCCUCAAGUGGGUCAACCAGGAGCUGCACGGUCAGACUGCCCUGAAGAUGUCCCCAGGAGACUGCAGGGAAACCCCGACCCCGGAGCAGAGGCGCAGGCUGGCACAGGCCAUGAUGACCUUCACCACUGACCUGUUUUCUCUGGUGGUACAAGCAUCCACCAGCCCCAACCUGGUCUUGUCGCCCCUGAGUGUGGCCCUGGCUCUGUCUCACCUGGCAUUAGGUGCUCAGAACCAAACGCUACAGAGGUUGCAACAGGUGCUGCAUGUGGACUCAGGGCCCUGCCUCCCCCACCUGCUGAGCCACCUCUGCCAGAACCUGGGCCCAGGGGCGUUCCGAUUGGCUGCUAGAAUGUACCUGCAGAAAGGCUUCCCCAUCAAAGAGGACUUCCUGAAGCUGUCAGAGCAGCUGUUUGGUGCAAAGCCCGUGAGCCUGACAGGAAGGCAGGAGGAGGACCUGGUGAACAUCAAUCAAUGGGUGAAGGAGGCCACAGAGGGGAAGAUUGAGGAUUUCCUCUCAGAAUUGCCAGACAGCACCGUGCUGCUCCUCCUCAAUGCCAUCCACUUCCAGGGUUUCUGGAGGAGCAAAUUUGACCCGAGCCUCACCCAGAGAGACUCCUUCCACCUGGACGAGCAGUUCACGGUGCCAGUGGACAUGAUGCAAGCCCACAAGUACCCUCUGCGCUGGUUCUUGCUGGAGCAGCCUGAGAUCCAGGUGGCUCAAUUCCCCUUUAAGAACAACAUGAGCUUUGUGGUCCUCGUGCCCACGUACUUUGAGUGGAACGUGUCCCAGGUGCUGAGCAACCUGAGCUGGGACAUCCUGCACCAGCCCUCACUGCGGGAGAGGCCCACCAAAGUCCAGCUGCCCAAGCUGCUCCUGAAACACCAGCUGGACCUGGUGACCACCCUCAGCCAACUGGGCCUGCAGGAGCUGUUCCUGGCCCCGGACCUGCGCGGGAUCUCCGACGAGGGCCUGGUGGUGUCGAGCGUACAACAUCAGUCCACCCUGGAGCUCAACGAGGCUGGCGUGGAGGCGGCCGCGGCCACCAGCACGGCCAUGUCGCGCAUGUCCCUCUCCUCCUUCAGCGUGAACCGCCCCUUCCUCUUCUUCAUCCUGGAGGACACCAUAGACCUGCCCAUCUUUGUGGGCAUCGUGCGGAACCCCAAUCCCAGCGCGCAGCCAGAGCGCAAGGAGCAGCAGGAUUCCCCUGCCCACAGGGACCCCUCGCAGCCCCAGAAAUCCUUCCCCCGCGGGGACAAGCUCUUCGGCCCUGACUUGAAGCUGGCGCCCCCUUCGGAAGAGGAUUACCCCCAGCUCAGCAGCCCCAAGUGAGGGGCCGCGGCUGCCAGUAUCCAGAGGCCCCGCCUGGAUCUGCCUCGCCCCUCAAGUGACUCUUUCCAACCAGCCUGUGGGCGCAUGGGGCCGGGGGCGGGGGGUGGGUGGGGGGCAGC